AUGCCUGUUUCUCUCUUCUGUCCUUGCUCAGAACCAAUGGUAUCCUCUGAAGAUAUUUCAAUGGACUACAAACUACCCAGGACGAUAGGAGAUACCAACACACACCACGCCCUGUCUGAUCUCUAUUUUUGCAAUGAUUGCCGCGCUUUGAGGUGUCGAAAAUGUUCAGAGCCGCAGAUUGAGUUCAAAUUCUGCGCUCGUUGUCGCCACAAAGCCGAUCCACACGAAAUAACGCGAGUAUGUCCCAAGAACUGCUUCGAUUGUCCUAAGUGUGCUGCUCCACUUAGUGCCAAAUCACAAACACAUGCUCCUGCCGAAGGUCGUCCGAAGGGAAAGAGCUUUUUGUUUUCAUGUGGAAAUUGUGACUGGACGUACGACACAGGCGUGGAAACCCGACCGCGACCGCUGAAGGUGAUCCUUCAGGACCAGAGGGCAGAUAUGAAUACGGAGCUGUUUGAUAGACUACGAGAACACUAUGCACUGGAAAAAGAUAUAAGGUCCUUCCUUAGUUCUAGAAAGGUGACUUCAGAUGAUCUGGUGGGAAGGGUCACUCCUGAUCAAUUGGCUCGCCUAAUGGCCGGAAAACGAAAUAGCUAUCCUGACUUCGAGCCAACCGACUCGGACAGUUACUGCAAGGUCCAGUCCGAGUUUCCAGAGUCUCAUCCUCUUUCCACAAGAAUAUCACACAUAUGUAAGGCUUGUCGAGGUGACCUUGUUAAGCUGGACCGUUCGGACUUUCUUUCCACGAAGUUCUACAAAAUAUCCAGUGCAAGCGACGUUCUUCCAGAGAUAGAGAUUUUCAGAUUAUCGGGUAAGCUCGACAAUCUUAGACGAAAUUCUACGAACAAUCUUUGUGUGAAUUUUGCGAAUAGUCAGUCCUUCAGUUUGGAGAUAAACGUCUCCACAUUAACGUAUCUUUCGUCAGAUCUAGAUCCGGUCGAAGAUAGUGCUAAUCCUGGAGUCGAGCAUGGUCAUAUGGUAAAGCUCACACUGCCUUGUCAACGGUUCACUCUUGGUCCAAGGCCAGAUAAAUUCACCCGACCGGAGAAUCUUGUUCAGGGAAUACCCACGAUUGCUCUUGACCAGGAAUCUAAGGCUUCUAGGGUUGAACUAAUCGCGAAACGAUCUGCUUCGCUGGGCAGGCUCAGUAGCGGCAAAAUAGAUACCACACGCGACUGUCCUCUUGACGAGGGGGCAAAUUGGGCUACCAUUCCAUUGCUAGUGGAAAUUGGCGAGGUUGAGGAGGGAAUUCGGUUGCGACUCCCAUUGUUCGUGACGGUCCACACCACUCAUCAGAUUUCACCAUCCCAUCCUGCUGUUCCGUACGGAUUUUGGGCAAUUUUGGAUCUGGGCCCUAUUGCGGUGUAG